AUGAUCAUAGCCUUAACACAUAGCCUCAUUUUGAUCAUUUUCCUAAAGCCUCUAGGCAAGCAUAUAACAGACACCAUACCUAAAAUACAAAGCAAAAAAAAAACUCCAGCAACAAUAUCAUUGAAGCUGCCAAAUGAAGCUGCAGUACCAUAUCAAGCAGCAGUUGCAAGCAUAGGCAACAACACAUACAAGCCCGAGCCAAACCAAGCAAGUUGUAAGGGGAACUACAAACUACAAGCCACCACGAGCAUCUUUUAUCUGUCCAGAGGUGUUCUCAAAUGGUUUCUCAAGAACGAAUAA